CAGUAGUCAAUAUUUAUCUAUCCUCGGCGAAGAAGAAAUAAGCAGCUUAAAACAACACUUUUAAAUUUAUGGCUAAGAAAAUAAUUGUUUUCCUUUAAAAUUUACUUGUGAAUAUAAGCCGUUUAUAGAAAUACAAUAUAAUGUGGUUUAAUUUAACCUGUUAAGCUGUGACUUUGGUGUUUGGUGAACAUAGUGUCGAAUUUUUCUUGUAACGCGCUAUAUGCUCAUUGAAAAAACUGGUCUAGUUUUUUGUUUUGCAGACAUUAAAUAAAAAAAACCAAUAAUGGAACCUGAUACAAUUAAAGAAAGUGCUACUAAGUUGAAAGAUUUGAUACAAAUUCAAGUUGAUGAUGAUGAGAUAGAAAAAAGAAUAUCUACAUUUAUUGAAAGAAAACGGAAAGAAGCGAAUGAAUUAAAUGUACAAGAGUUUUGUGGUCAUCAACUGAUUUCAGAGGAUGAUCCCGCUUACAAUGUAAUAGAAAGCUGUGCUCGAGUGGAUGCUGUUGUUAUUCCUCGAUUAGGAAGCAAGAGUAGAAUAAAGAUUUCAAGAGUUGAAAACAGAUAUGGACCACAGACAAAGAGUGCUCACAAAAAGAUAAAAGUUGAACCGGGUUUGCCGACAGCACAAAACAGUAUUACUGAUUCUCUGGAAGAAAGGCUAAGAAAUAUGGAAUCUCAUUUAAAAAUGGAAGAUUGUAGUGGAAAAACUGCUUUUCAGCGAAUAAAGGCGUUGGAAGACAAAAUCCUGUAUUUAGAAGGAAUGUCUCCAGAAUACUUUAAUUUAUCUGGGGCAAGUUAUACAUCACCAAAAAAGAAGAUGGACCAAGAAAUAGAGAAACUAUAUUCAAACUGGAGUGUUGAUGAUAUACAGAAAAGGAUACAAGCCUUGAAAGAAACUCUAAAAAGUAAAAGCAAGUCUGCCUCUUAAGAAAAUAAAGCAAAACGCUAAAAACAAUGCUACUAAAGUUUCACUUUAUUGUGAUAUGGUAUUAUUCUAAGUUAUCAAGAUGUUUCAUUCAAAAUUGUCUUAAUUAAAUCUAUGGUUAAUUCAA